AUGACUCUACUUGCUUUCCCCCCGCCCCCCCCCUCUCCCCUCCCUUCAACAGCGGGCGGCAGGGCGAGCAUGAAGAAGGCUCAAGGCGCAGUGGUCUUCCGAACAGACGACCCGCUAGCUGGCCGCGACUACCGCCCGCCCAUGCCUGGGGACAACCCCGACUUCUGGGAAGGUUCCCAGUGGGACCUGCUGGGGUUUGUUGCAGAGUACCUGUGGGUGUUCGGCAUCGUGCUGGCGAUCGUUUCAUCGCUCUACGCCGUUACGAGCUACAACCAAGACGAGGAGGUGGUGGAGCCAACAGACUCGGCCGUUAUUGUGGAGUCAUCUGCACCGUCGGAAGCUGAUCAGCUGCUUGAGCCAUUUGUCGACGAUGCUCCUCCCCUGUAG